AUGCUGUGGAGUCUGCUGUUCAUCACUUUGAUUGGACAAUCAAGUCAAGACCGUCCAGGACUGUCAUCAGGUUGGGAAAUCCUCAGACUGAAUGACAAAUCGUCAUUUCAGUCUUCAGUCUACACAGUUGAUGGUCUGAGUUACAGUGCUGGCAGAGCUUUUGAUGGGGAUCUUGACACAUGUUCUCACACUGAAAAGAAGAUCAACUCCUGGUGGACAGUUGACUUAUUGGGUCUAUAUGAAAUUUCCUGUAUCACCGUUAACAACGGGGAUCAUCACAAUAUUGAUCUGACAGAUGCUCGGAUCCUCAUCGGGAACUCAUCUGAAGGACGUUUUACAGAGUGUGCAACAAUUACAACCAGUACAAGGGCAGAAAACAAAACAUUUAACUGUGUAAAUGGAACAAAGUGGGGGCGCUAUGUAACCGUGUACAAAAAAAGACUGGGGUUUAUAAUUCUGUGUGAGGUGAUGAUCCAAGGCACAAAAAAAGGUACAAUGAGAGAUUCUUACCCAUGA